CCCAGUGGAAGUUAUUUUAUAUCCUUUAGCAGUUGUGUGAACUCCAGUGAGGUAACAAGUGUAUUAGUUGCUUUCCUUCAGCCAGUAUGGUGAGACUUCGGAUUUCUAGCACCAUUGUUGUAGUUUUCCUUAUGAUUCAGACUGGAUUCUUACUAUUUAUGUAUGCUCGACAUAGCAGCUUCAUCCCUCAGUCUGAAGAGAAGCCAUCUCGGGUGCACAUCCUUAUUCUCUCUUCCUGGAGGUCAGGAUCUUCCUUCGUUGGCCAGCUGUUUAGCCAACACCCUGAUGUCUUCUACCUGAUGGAACCUGCCUGGCAUGUGUGGGUAACAAUGUAUCAGAACAGUGCCAAAGUCUUACAUAUGGCUGUUAGAGACCUAGUCAGGUCUGUCUUCAAGUGUGACAUGUCUGUGUUUGAUGCCUACAUGCCUUGGAAGAGAAAUUUGUCCGAUCUGUUCCAGUGGGCAGUGAGUCGGGCACUCUGUUCAGCUCCUGCCUGUGAUUCCUUUCAACGCACCGACAUUACCAAUGAAAUGGCCUGCAAGACCCUUUGUGGCAAGUACCCAUUCAGCAAGGUGGAGGAAGCUUGCAAGACCUAUAGCCACAUUGUCCUCAAGGAGGUCCGGUUCUUUGAUCUGACAGUUCUCUAUCCCCUUCUCACUGACCUCUCCCUGAAUCUCAAAAUCAUUCACUUGGUGCGUGAUCCCAGAGCUGUUGCCAAGUCACGAGAACAAUCAGUAAAAGCCUUAGCUCGUGACAAUGGGAUUGUUCUGAGCACCAAUGGCUCUAAAGUGGAGGACAGCAAAUAUAAAGUAAUGCAGGAAAUUUGUAGAAGUCAUGUCCAGAUUUAUGAAACAGCUACUCAAAAACCUCCAAGAUUUCUAAAAGAUCGCUAUUUAAUGAUCCGUUUUGAAGAUCUGGUACAAGAUCCCUUAUCAGAAAUCAGAGACAUGUAUAAAUUUACAGAUCUUAGACUGACUCCCAAACUUGAAAGCUGGAUCUAUAAUAUCACACAUGGCCAGGGACCAGGAAAGAAAAGGGAAGCCUUCAAAAUCACCUCCCGAGAUGCAGUUAAUGUUUCCCAGGCCUGGAGGAAUAUUCUUUCUUUCCAUAAAAUUAAGAAAGUACAAGAAGUCUGCAAAGGUGCUAUAAAUAUGCUUGGCUAUAAACUUCUGGAUUCUGAGAAAGAGCAAAAAGAUUUGUCAUUGGAUUUAGUGGUGCCAAGACGAAGAAACCAGUUCAGUUGGUCAUCAUUCAAUCCGAAAAACUAAGACAUAUUACUUUGAGAGGGUUUUUUUGAAAUUGUAUGUAUCUACUAUGCAAUGUGUAGGUAGUAUGAAAAGAUUUGCUGUCAAAUUUAAUCCUAGUCCUAGCUGCUAUUUUUUUCAAGUGAUAUAACUUUUUUUUUUUCAGUUUCACACACUGGAGAAUGUGAAACAAAUGAGAAAUGCAGCAUGAGAUUUGUCAGUUUGCAGACUUACAACUGAGAUGAGCUGUUGUGAACACUGCAUUUUGUAAAUAUUAUAAUUUAAUAUGUUAAACUAUAUGUCUUUCAAAUGCAAAUUAAUGGGGAUGGAAAAUGUCUUUAUUUAUUGAGUAAUACUUUAAUUUUUAAACCUUGAUUAAACUCAGGAUAACAUUUGAUUAAAUAUUUUAAGGAAAUCUCAACAUUAUCUCAAAAACAAAUGCAUGGAAAUCAGGAUGACAUAAAUUCUCUCAGCUUUCUGCUUUUAUUUAUUUAUUUUUUUAGUAUCCCUUGAUUUGUUAUUGUCUUUUGUAUUCUCCCCCCAACACCCUUCCAAGCUAUUUUGCAGCUCUGUGUUUUUGAAAACUUGUCUGAAUCUUUUUGUGUGUUUUAAUUUUCAAUAGUGCAGUUCAUCCUGGGAAGUCCCAGAAAACUGGGGUUACUUCUAAAAAUGACCUAUCUUUGGUUCAGCUAUGAAAUCCUGAAUUAUUUUGUCAAUAGAUUUACCUGUGCUCUGAUCUGAAUGGCAGAGUUCUCACCAGCUAUUUGAUCAAGGCACUGGAGUAGAGCUUUUGCAUUGGAGUAUGGAAUCUAAAAGCAGAAAAUAGAAGUAAAAGAUUAGAAUGAGGGAAUCAUAGUGGUAAUAGCCUGUUCAGAAGAACAUAGUCAUAUGCUCUAUAACUCCAUGACCCACACAAUAGAAACAGACCUGCUUCUACAAUCUGUGUAAUUUACAGCUUUUUUUAAAUCAAAUUCUAGUUGUAAUACUGAAAAGUCAAUUCUUAAUGAAAUUCACAACAACAAAUAUGUCUGCCUUUAAAGCUUGUGUGUUAUUUAUACUUCCAUAUGCAAUUCUUUGACAGAAACAAAUCUUGAAGCAGAAAUAAAGACUAGUUUAAAACUCUUCAUCUGAACAAAGGCAUUACAUCAUCUAACAUUUAAUCAAUUUUGGAUACACAGUUAAUAUUAAUUGAGGGAAAUAAACUCAUAAUUUUGGAAGUGGUUUGGGCAAAAUCUCAAGUAUA